AUGGCACCCUUACAUCCGUCGCGUUAUUCAUCGGACGUUCCACUGUCAACAUUGCCAGCGGGCCUAUACUUGGUCUUUGAAAAGGUCAUUUUAAGGGGUAACACUACUGCCUUGGGCUCUAGAAUUCCAACGUGGACGACGCCAUUACUUUUAAUAAUUUUGGUGUUUGCACUAAUCCCCAAUACCAGCCUCCUGGGCCACUUAUCUGGUCUCGCUGUUGGCUAUAUUUUUGGACUAGGAUACCUGAAGUUUCUCGUUCCGCCCGAGAAAAUCCUUCGCUGGAUCGAAAGGAAACUAAACCUUCUCGCAAGAUUACCUCACUACGUCUCGGUCGAUCAAAAAACCUAUGGAAGAUACGGAAUCUUAUCCUCCAGGGAGUUUGAUCAGGAAUCGGGGGCAAUAAACCUUCCACUGGGCUCUACCCAACGUCUAGGCCCAUAA